AUGUCAGCUACUCUACUAAAACAGCCUUUAUGUACGUUUGUUCGGCAAAGUAAACACUCGAAAGUGUCUGGAUUAAAUCUUUUGAGACUAAAAGCUCAAUUGCACAGACAACACCUAUCACCUUCCUUGAUAAAAUUGCACUCUGAACUGAAACUGGAUGAGUUGCAAACCGAUAACACCCCUGAUUACGUCCGUUUAGUGUUAAGGUCCUCCGUAUACGAUGUUAUUAAUGAAUCGCCAAUCUCUCAAGGUGUAGGUUUGUCCUCCCGUUUAAACACGAACGUCAUCUUGAAAAGGGAAGAUCUAUUGCCCGUGUUCUCUUUCAAGCUUCGUGGUGCUUAUAACAUGAUUGCUAAGUUGGACGAUUCUCAAAGGAACCAAGGUGUCAUUGCCUGUUCAGCUGGGAAUCAUGCCCAAGGUGUGGCCUUUGCUGCUAAACACUUGAAAAUACCAGCUACUAUCGUUAUGCCUGUUUGCACACCAUCUAUCAAGUAUCAAAAUGUCUCGAGAUUAGGGUCUCAAGUAGUUCUAUAUGGUAACGAUUUUGAUGAAGCUAAAGCUGAAUGUGCCAAAUUGGCAGAAGAGCGUGGCUUAACAAACAUUCCUCCUUUCGAUCAUCCUUAUGUCAUUGCAGGUCAAGGUACUGUAGCCAUGGAAAUCCUUAGACAAGUUCGUACCGCUAAUAAGAUCGGUGCCGUCUUCGUUCCCGUUGGUGGUGGUGGUUUAAUUGCUGGUAUUGGUGCCUAUUUGAAAAGGGUUGCUCCUCAUAUUAAAAUCAUUGGUGUUGAAACUUACGAUGCGGCUACUUUACAUAACUCCUUGCAACGCAACCAGAGAACUCCGUUGUCUACGGUGGGCACUUUUGCCGAUGGUACUUCUGUCCGUAUGAUUGGUGAGGAAACAUUUAGAGUCGCCCAACAAGUGGUCGAUGAAGUUGUUCUCGUUAAUACUGACGAGAUCUGUGCUGCAGUAAAGGAUAUUUUCGAAGAUACCAGAAGUAUUGUAGAACCAUCUGGUGCCCUUUCAGUAGCCGGUAUGAAGAAAUACAUCUCUACCGUACAUCCUGAAAUUGACCAUGCUAAAAACACCUAUGUUCCUAUCCUUUCUGGUGCUAACAUGAACUUUGAUAGAUUAAGAUUCGUUUCUGAACGUGCUGUCCUUGGUGAAGGAAAGGAAGUCUUCAUGUUAGUGACUUUACCUGACGUUCCUGGUGCAUUCAAGAAAAUGCAAAAGAUCAUUCACCCAAGAUCCGUUACUGAGUUCUCUUACCGUUACAAUGAACAUCGUCACGAGUCCUCUAGUGAAGUGCCCAAGGCUUACAUUUACACUUCUUUUAGCGUCGUUGACAGAGAAAAGGAAAUCAAGCAAGUUAUGCAACAACUAAAUGCUUUAGGCUUCGAAGCUGUGGAUAUCUCCGAUAACGAAUUGGCUAAAUCUCAUGGUAGGUACUUGGUUGGUGGUGCUUCCAAGGUACCAAAUGAAAGAAUUAUCUCAUUUGAAUUCCCUGAAAGACCGGGUGCCUUGACUAGGUUCCUUGGCGGCCUAAGUGAUUCUUGGAAUCUUACUUUAUUCCAUUAUAGAAACCAUGGUGCCGAUAUUGGUAAGGUUUUAGCUGGUAUUUCCGUUCCACCAAGGGAAAACUUAACUUUCCAGAAAUUCUUAGAAGAUUUAGGCUACACUUAUCAUGAUGAAACUGAUAACACUGUUUAUCAAAAAUUCUUGAAAUAUUAA